GGGCUCUGGGGUCUGGAGUCCCGCUGCCGUUGGUGGCGAGAGGCGGCAGCUGCCUGGGCCAAGAUGGUGUCGUGGAUGAUUUCCCGAGCGGUUGUGUUGGUGUUUGGGAUGUUGUACCCUGCUUAUUAUUCUUACAAAGCUGUGAAGACAAAAAAUGUGAAGGAAUAUGUUCGAUGGAUGAUGUACUGGAUUGUGUUUGCUCUUUAUACAGUUACUGAGACAGUAGCAGACCUAAUGAUCUCUUGGUUUCCAUUGUAUUAUGAGUUGAAGAUUGCUUUUGUUAUUUGGCUGCUCUCUCCAUAUACUAGAGGGGCAAGUUUAAUGUAUAGGAAGUUUCUCCAUCCUCUUCUUUCUUCAAAGGAACGGGAGAUCGAUGAGUAUAUUGUACAAGCCAAAGAACGAGGUUAUGAAACUAUGGUGAAUUUUGGGAGACAGGGUUUAAAUUUGGCAGCUACUGCUGCAGUGACUGCUGCUGCAAAGGGUCAAGGUGCAAUAACUGAACGGUUGAGAAGUUUCAGUAUGCAUGACUUAACAGCUAUUCAAGGAGAUGAGCCAGUGGGACAAAGACCCUAUCAGACUUUACCUGAAACCAAAAAGAAAACCAAGAGUUCUGUCAGUGAGUCUCUGGGUUACAGAAUUCCAUUGAAAAAAGAUUCUGGAGAUGAUAAAACAGAUGAGGAAAUGGAGGGGACACAUUCAGAAGAUGAGAUGUUUGCUCAGAGGGGUCUCCGACGAUCACAAAGCAUGAAAUCUGUGAAAAGUAUUAAAGGCCGUAAAGAGAUACGGUAUGGCUCAUUAAAAUAUAAAGUAAAGAAGAGGCCUGCGGUGUAUUUUUAAGUGUACUACACUUUAAAGACAAACUGCUGUACUACAGUAACUUUACUUGGCACAUCAUGUGUUCAGGAUUUGUGUAUAUAUAAAAACUUUAAGCAUGGUUGUAGGACUCAUUUUUAUCAGUCUAAACAGCUAUAUAAGAUGCUUCUAAUCUUUAAUGGCUUAUCAUUUUGAUUUGAUUGUUAAAUCUGGCUAGGAAAAAUCCUAGGUUUCUGCACUCAUUAAACUUAGUAAGAAUUUAAUGAAUGACAAAAACAAAGCCUGAUUUUCAAAGGUACUGAACAGCUGCAAAUUCCAUUAACAUCAGUUGAACUUGGUGUUAUUCAGCUCUUACAAAACUUAAGCCCCUAGUGUUUCCUAGUUUACAAUGCAAAAAUAUGUAUACUUGAAUUUUUUUCUAAACCAGGUUUCCUGAAAAAGCUUUCAUAAUUAUAUAAUAAUGUACAGUUUUAGAGGACAGUUGAAUGAAGGUGGGGAAAGGAAAAAGGAAAAGCCAGUUAUAUUUGGUAUGUCCUUAAAAGAACUUCCUGCACCUUAUUUCCUAAUAUUUUAAAUAUUAAUAGGUGUACUUUGAUAUCUGUACAACAGUUUUGCAUACUUGUACAGUUGUAAAACAGUAAACAUGUAAUGUUAGUGAUUUAAAAAAAAAUCAGGUUUCACCAAUGUAUUUUUAAAUGGCAGCAAUUUAAUCCUUGUAUUACCACAUCUUACUCUUGGCUACUUAAGCACAUGGAAGAUGCUAUAGAUAACUGCUACUAACCUUUACAGAAUUUUGUCAGGUACCUUUUGUAUUUUAGGGGGAGUAUUCUUUCUCCAGCACAUUCAGAUGUAAAGUGACUUAUGACUAAUAGCCAGUUCUCAAUUCUAAAUUGUGGUAGAUACAAAUUUGCAGCAACUGCUAGAUAUCGAGGACCUGAUCAAUUUAUCAGUUGUGUGGUACAACUGCCAUUGAAAUGAAUGGGAGUAAUGAAGUCACAUUUGAUGGACUGUUCAAGUCCUAGAUUAUAGGUUUUUGCUAAGGCUUAUUUUAUAAUAUUAUAUUUCAGAAUAGCUUUAGAUAUCAAACUUGAGUUCUGACCAAUAAUUAAAAUUUAUACUUUCGUUUCAUUAUUCCUGAAGUAGUUAUUAAGAUAUUUGUGUAUAAAUAGCUCUUUUCAAGACUGUCUUCUCGCUGAUUCAGUCAGCAAUGCUCUAACCCAAUUGACAUCAUGAUUUUAUUUAAUUUUAAAAAUCCUUUAUACAAAUAUCUCUGUAGCCAAUAGGGAUGGAAGGAAAAUACUAUGUUUAAAAAUUAAAUGGAAUUUAAAAUGUAUUGAGUGUUGACAGAAGUGUCACUCUCAAUUUAAAGGACGGUAUGUCAUAGGAUCACUUCCAAAAACUUUCUGCCCUGCAAACCUUCUCUCAGAUAUGAGAGAAUAUAGCAAGUAGAGACUGCAAGAGGGCAGUAAAAGCACGUUUCCUUCUGGAACCCCCCCAUUCAGUAGCAACCCCCUCUACUGGCCCAGUGCAGCCCACUGACAGACUUUUAAGUCUUGUUUUAGCUAGAAUUUUUCUUAUUCCUACUGUUACUGCCAACAGAGCAGCUCCAUUAGUGGGAGCAUCUUUUGGGGCAGCUGCUGGCAUUCUAACCACAGUGUCAUGUAGAUCAUCUCUAAGCAGAGUUAAAUGACAGUUGAAAAUGAGGGCUGGUUUACAUUAGCAUUACAUCACUGGGGCUGCAACUGUAGGAAUUUAGGUGAAAUUACUGCAGACAUGGCUUUAUAGACAAGAGUGACAAUACUGAUGGGAACAGUGGGAGUAUUGUGCAAAGGGAGUUUCGGAAGCACAUUAGUACCAGUUACAUUCCAUAAGGGACUAAAAGGGCUAAGAUUGACACAGCUUUACUAAAAGAUUCAGUGACAUACCAGAUGACAGCCACCCUCUCCCAAAUGAGUAUAGUACCAUUGAUGCCAGUGUCAUGCUACCAAAUAGAACUGAGGUUACUCGUCCCAAUCUUAUAACGGUAAAGUCUCUUUCCUUACAUACUUGGGCAACAGCUUUUGUUAGAGAGUUCUGCCAUUCUGUUCUACUUAGGUUCGUAUACCAUGCCUAUUGCCAUGGUAUCUGAGCACCAUUGGGUGGGCUUUGUGUCCUUCGCUGCCUAUUAGACUUAGACUUAAAUUAUGUAUCAGGGACCUUUUGAUUUCCUUUUGACCACCUUCCUAAAUCCUUUGUCUCUCUGUCAGCCUAGUCUAGCUAACAUAGUAGCCUUUGUUUUCAUAAUUCAGUUGAUCUAAUACCAGGCCCAAACUUUCAGUAUGCUGCAUAUUUUUGUAUUGAAAACCUAUAACUGUUGUGGCAUGUU